AUGUCAUCUCCGGGGAUCAAGGUCGAGUGCCUCUUGAAUGUCGUCAAGGUAUCCGAGUAUGACGCGCUUUUGACAGCUGUCCAACAUAUUGCCAGGCAUGCCGCGUACAGUCGAAACAAUGAUACAAAGCCCGUGGACUGCUGGCAAACGGAUGUGUUGAUUGAAGAAUACUGUGAGGGCCCCGAGGCCGACUGUAAUUUCGUUCUGUGGAAGGGGGAGUUUUUGUUCUUCGAGGUGGUCGUUAACUUCCCCUGCGCUGGAGACAACGUGGCAGCAGGUAACUUCAAGGAAACACAGCUGGUCUUCCCAUCUGCAUCGCCGCCAGAACAACAGGACGUACUGCGCGACUCGCUUCUAAAAUCCAUCCUCCACCUGGGCUUCCACUCGGGAAUCUUCCACGUCGAGGCCCGAGUCCGCAAUUCCACCCACGAAUAUCGACCAAGUCCGAAUGACCAAGGGAUAGAUCUUCACCCGAGAUCAGAACCAGCUCCAUCAGAUGCAAGCGUCUUCCUCAUCGAGAUCAAUGCUCGACCCCAGGGUAUAUGGACACAUGCGCAAGCAUGCUUUCUCACGGUGUUGACCUCUUCGCGCUACAGACUCUGA